UCAUUCAUGGACCAUGGCCACAAGACCGACAAUGAGCUGAGACCUGAGAGUGCCCCUCCACACACUCUCCUCCCGACAAGCACAGAACUCGUCUUUUCCUUUCUCCCCCCUUCAAUCUUUUCUCCUCACCUCACCUCACCUCACUGUGUGUGUUCGUGGCCGCAGCCAGUACAAUCCCUUCUCUUUAUUCCCUCUCCCCCGACUGGCCUUGUCUUCUUGCGUGUCCCGCGGUUAUGGAUCACGAAACCUCACGACAACCCCGCCGCUUCAGCCGUAUGUUGCCGCAUUACUAGCUAGACGGGGCUCAGUCCUCACCAGAUCGUCUCUCGCGAUCGCAUUGCAUGCGCUUUUGAUCUUCCGUUGCCUUAUUGAAGGUUGGGCCUCUUGAUGCUUACCAUCUAGCGGCGGCAGAUACCUCCACCUGAACGGAGGAGCAAUGGCCGUGGGCGUCGGCGCGCAGUCGGCAGUCGCCGCCGAGGCCGGGGACAUCGAGUGCGGCGAGCGGCGGCGCGCGGACGAGUUCGUGAACGACGACGACGACGACGAGGACAGCCAGUACUUCACGGACGCGGAGGACCGGUCGUGGCCCUCGCACUCGCGCCACGAGUCCGCCGCCGCCUUCGAGGACUGCAUCUCGCGGUGCGCGUCCGCGCGCGCGAGCUCCUUCGGUGGCGGCGACAGCGACGGGGACAUCGAGGCCGGCGGCGGCGAGCACUUGAGGAAGUCGUCGUGCGUGUCGGAGUGCUCGCUGGACGACGUCGACCUGGAGGCCGGGCUGGCCGAGGUCAUCAAGGGCAGCCCCGACAAGGCCGAGAGGAACUGCCGCAUUUGCCACCUCGGCCUCGAGACCGCGGCGGCCGACUCCGGCGCCGCCAUCACGCUCGGCUGCUCCUGCAAGGGCGACCUGUCCUACUCCCACAAGCAGUGCGCCGAGACCUGGUUCAAGAUCAGAGGCAACAAGACCUGUGAGAUCUGCAGCUCAACCGCAUGCAAUGUGGUAGGUUUCGGCGAUGCGGAGGUCACUGAACAAUGGACCGAGUCAAGCACAGCAGCUGUGCAAUCGCUACCAACCGAAAACCAGAGGUUUUGGCAAGGGCAUCGGUUCCUCAACUUCCUUCUUGCUUGCAUGGUUUUCGCCUUCGUCAUCUCGUGGCUCUUCCACUUCAAUGUCCCGGGAUGAGUUUUGUGCUCCAGGGGGACCUCAAUAAAAGCCCCAGCACCAUUAACUGCAGACAUGAAUGUGUGUUAGAUUCGGCAAUUGUGAAGAACAGGCAAAGGUGAAGUUAAGUUAUGAAGAGGUACACAAAUGUAUGGUGGGGGCAUGAUGGCCCUGAAUUUGGCUGUGGUGUGGAAGGAUCUGAAUUCGGUACGACGAAAGGAAGCCUGAUGAGGAUUUCAAGAUUUGGGUGGAGAUAAGAGCGAAGAGUAGAAGAUGUGUUGUUCGGGGGGGUCUGAAGAACGGGAUUUGCGUUAGUGUUAGUCGUUUCCUAGCUUUGCCUUGUUUGUCUGCUGCUUUGGUGUGAUCAUGUGCAGAUUUUCCUUUGUGUCUACCUUUGUUCGGAUGUUUAUGAUCCUGAUAAACAGGCCGGAUGAUGCGGUGACUGUCCUUAGCAAGAGAAGUUUGCUGCCAGCUCAAGUAAUAAAGAAAGUGUUGUGAAAA